AUGGACGGUCAGCGGAAUCCCGAGCUCCAGCGGGUACUCGCAGCGCUGAAUAGCUUUUCACAACAGCAGCAGCAGCAGCAACUACAACAACACCACCAGGCGCCGCCGCCGCCGCCCUUGCCGCUGCAGACCUCUUUCUACGCAUAUAACUCUUACAACAAUCUGGGUUCCCAUGAUGCGAACCUUGGGACCGCCAACUCGACGAUCCCGGGGCUCGGCUUCCUCCCAUCAACCCUUCAUAACCAGGCUGUCUCUCCGCCACCUAUCCAUCGCCACCAAGACGCAACUCCAAUCCAGUCCCAGGCACAGAGUAGGACGUCGACACCUCGUCUGCCCGAGCCGCCUCGCAGCAAGACGACGACUCCGAAUCCCAACGUCCCCGAUGCGUCGACCAUCGUCACCUGGCCAGCCGCGAUCAAACAUGUCUCGCGCCAUCUUGUUCACAACGACCAAGUGGCCAACAGGAUCAAGCACCUGAUCAACGAACAGCACAAGCACGAGCGGCAGUGGUGGGCCGGUCGCGAAGCUAUCGUUGCGAGACACCAGGGCCGAUCUGGGACGUCACAGCAGGUCUCGGCCAUCUUGAAGUCCCUUGGUGCGAAGGACAUGGCCACUGCUUCCCCGCGCACGUCGCCACCAUCGGAUGAACAGAAGAAAGCGGACCAAGCCGAACUAGACGCCUACGAUAAAAAAGUCUAUGCGGGUUUGCUGGCCAUGUCGGCAGAUUUUGACCGGCAAUUGCGGUCGCUCGGCGUGCCGUUUUACGCGAUUAAGCACGAAUUGGUAAUCUUGGAGGAUGGCCCAGAGAAGCAAGCCGGUGCUAACGAGGGGAGGAUUGACAAGGGGGAACUGAGGGAUUUGCAGAAACGGAUGUGUGAAACUUUGGAGGAUCUGUUCGGGGACUGA